AUGAAGCUGCUGGGACACCGGAUCGAGCUGCUGACAGGGCUCCUGCUCCACGACGUGACCAUGGCCGGGCUGCAGGAGCUGAGGUUCCCCGAGGAGAAGCCGCUGCUCCGGGGCCUGGACGCCACCGAGCUGGAGAACUCUGACGCCUUUCUCCUGGCCGAGGACACAGACUGGAAGGAGCAUGACAUUGAGACGCCCUACGGCCUCCUGCACGUGGUGAUCCGGGGCUCCCCCAAGGGGAACCGCCCGGCCAUCCUCACCUACCACGAUGUGGGCCUCAAUCACAAGCUCUGCUUCAACACCUUCUUCAACUCCGAGGACAUGCAGGAGAUCACCAGGCACUUCGUGGUGUGCCACGUGGACGCGCCCGGGCAGCAGGUGGGGGCGUCCCAGUUUCCUCAGGGGUACCAGUACCCGUCCAUGGAGCAGCUGGCCGCCAUGCUCCCCAGCGUGCUGCAGCACUUCGGGUUCAAGUACGUGAUUGGCAUCGGGGUGGGAGCCGGAGCCUACGUGCUGGCCAAGUUCGCACUCAUCUUCCCCGACCUGGUGGAGGGGCUGGUGCUGAUGAACAUCGACCCCAACGGCAAGGGCUGGAUCGACUGGGCCGCCACCAAGCUGUCCGGCCUCACCAGCACUUUACCCGACACGGUGCUCUCCCACCUCUUCAGCCAGGAGGAGCUGAUGAACAACUCGGAGCUGGUGCAGAGCUACCGGCAGCAGAUCGGGAACGUGGUGAACCAGGCCAACCUGCAGCUGUUCUGGAACAUGUACAACAGCCGCAGAGACCUGGACAUUAACCGGCCCGGCACAGUGCCCAACGCCAGGACCCUCCGCUGCCCCGUGAUGCUGGUGGUCGGGGACAACGCGCCUGCUGAGGACGGGGUGGUUGAGUGCAACUCCAAGCUGGACCCCACCACCACCACCUUCCUGAAGAUGGCAGAUUCCGGGGGGCUGCCGCAGGUCACCCAGCCCGGGAAGCUGACGGAAGCCUUCAAGUACUUCCUGCAGGGCAUGGGCUACAUGCCCUCGGCCAGCAUGACCCGGCUCGCCCGCUCCCGGACCGCGUCCCUCACCAGCGCCAGCUCGGCGGAGGGCGGCCGCCCGCAGGCCUGCACCCACUCGGAGAGCAGCGACGGGCUGGGCCAGGUCAACCACACCAUGGAGGUGUCCUGCUGA